AUGCGGAUGAAUGAAGAUGGCGAACCAAUCAACAUGGAGAACAUGCCUCGCCCGCAUCGUCGUCGGCGCGAAAAGAAAUUGAUGACCAUCGAUGAGGUCAACGAAAAAUUUCCGAUGCUCAAGUACAAGACGUGGGUUGCAAGCCGAGCGCAGGAAGGACUACCUACCCGCGGCGGUGUUUCAAGCCCCAGUCGCCCAAACAGUGUCCGCGAUGCCGAAGGUGUGAUUUCCGAGCUUCCUAAUAAGGAGCGCAUGUCUAUCGAGGAGCGACCAACAACGAGCGCAACCGCACCAGCAGCAGAAGCGACAGCGAAAAAGGAAACGGCCGCAACUCCCGAGUCAACGACGGCGGCUGCCCAGACCGAGAAGCCCGGAAAACAUGCUUCAAAGGAAAGCACCUCGAGUUCGAUAGGUGGGCCUCAGCCAAGGAUAUCCACGGAUAGGGAACGGGAUGGGGGCAAUGAUGGAGCUCGGGAUGCUGAUGCCGGAACUCUCCAUAAAGCGUCGACCCAAGGCGCACAUGAUGACGAUGAGGAAGAUGAUGAGCACAUUGAUGCUGCCAUCCCACCCGAAUGCAUGGGGACCUCGGGAGACACGUGUGCUAUUUGCAUCGACACUCUCGAAGACGACGAUGACGUGCGCGGCUUGACUUGUGGCCAUGCUUUCCACGCUGUUUGCUUGGACCCGUGGCUCACGAGCAGGAGGGCAUGCUGCCCAUUGUGCAAGGCUGAUUAUUACACUCCCAAGCCACGACCUCCAGGCGCUGAGGGUCCCGACGGGGCCACAUUGAUCGCCAUCAGCCUCGUUGAUUCACGCUCGAACCGGAUGAACAUGCCCAAUCGGCCACGGCGCACCUUCUUUGGUCUUCUGGGCUCUGACAACCGGAGCGAGAGAGAAAUGUAUGCCAGCAACAGACAUAGGCAUGAUAACCGAACACGAUCCUCCCGUACUCGCGAUAACAGGCGAGGGAACAGGACUCGUGCGCCAACGAGUCCUGCUCCAGUGUCGGAGAACCAGGCUAGCAGCGGCGGUUGGUUCUCCAACAUGAGAACAGCUAUUUCGAGACUUCCAAGAGGGCGGCAGCAAAACACCGACAGCCAGACUACCCCACCAGCAUCGGGGGCCAACCCGGCUGUGACACCAUCCCAGCUUGAAGCUGGAGUACAGAGAUCAUGA